GGUGACGAGGAGAACGAGUUGUUCGUCCCACCGGCGUUUUAUUUAGAAGCAGAAGGUCGUCCGCAGUUAGGCGCUCUUAGGCACCGAAGAAAAGAAAAAAAAAUACUCGACAGGUUUUCCUUGGUUUAUGACCAGGGGCGAUGUGAGGUCGCGAGUGAUGUUUUGGCUUUAUGUCGCGCCGAUUCGGACUAUUACGAUACCUCUCUUGCCGGCUAAUGUUAGCUAGCGCUUAGCUAGCAUCACCUGCGUCGCCAACUCGUCAGCGAAUGCUACAUUUCGGGCAAAGAGUACCUCUGGAACGGGCUCUUUUCCCCCUCUUUCUUUCGGUGUUCCGUUUGGUUCAGCGCCCUCGACGCAGGUUCUCCUCAUAUUGACACCGAGCGGCUGUUUUGAUGGCAGCCGCGACCGCCGCCCGGAGGCUGCCCAUGGGUGUGCGGACUUUUAGCGACUACCUUCAGAUGGCCAUUGUGGGCUCUCCGCGUUCCUGCCGCCCAGCGGUGCCCCGAAUGUGCACGCGACAAAACAUCAGACAUUUGUCCUCAUGCGGCAUUUUGAUGACCAGAUCUCCCAGAGUGCUCGGCCUUCACGACUGGGACGCCAUGGCGAGUGUUCCCCAGAGCAGGAACUUCAUCAGCCUCACCAACAAAAGGAAGGAGUACUCUGAGCGCAGGAUACUUGGGUACUCCAUGCUGGAGAUGUACGACGUGGUGGCCAACGUGGACGACUACAAGCUCUUCGUCCCGUGGUGCAAGAAGUCUCAGACCGUGGCCAAGCGGGCGGGCCACUGCAAAGCCCAACUGGAGGUGGGCUUCCCGCCCGUGGUGGAGCGCUACACCUCCAUGAUCAGCUCCGUGCGGCCGCAUCUGGUCAAGGCCGUGUGCACGGACGGAAAGCUGUUCAAUCACCUGGAAACCAUCUGGCGCUUCAGUCCCGGCAUUCCUGGCUACCCCCGCACCUGCACUGUAGACUUUUCUAUAUCCUUCGAAUUCCGCUCCCUUCUGCACUCGCAGCUGGCAGCCAUGUUUUUCGACGAGGUGGUCAAGCAGAACGUGGCCGCUUUCGAGCGGCGCGCCUGCAAGCUGUACGGCCCGGAGACCCGUAUCCCACGAGAGCUCAUGUUCCACGAGGUCCACCAGACGUGAUGUCCGGCCUUAAUGCCCAACCUGCAUGAAGUUGCUGCUUAGUCGCCCCCGUCGAACACAGGACGGUGUCCAGCGAGUUCAUGUACAAAAGCUAGAACAACGAAAAAAAAAUAAACUGCCGAACAACACGUGCUUUUAUUUAAUUUUUAAAAGGCAACCAAGCCAGAGGUUCAUCCUGAAGGGGAGUCAUGUUCCGUUGUGACCCUGAAGUAAAACCUAUUCCACGACCUUUGGGGCUGUCAUGCUAAUUACUAUAUUAACUUAAUUGUUCCAUGCUUGAUACAUUGUGAUCUGUUAAGAGUUGGACGGCUGUCUCAUUUGGCGCUAGUGGGCUCGUAGAACGCUGGCAAACCGGCGCACUCCGCGUCCAAUAUUGAAAAGCCUUGCUUCCUUCACACUUGAACAGAAAUUUACAGGAAAGUCAUCUGUAUUAUGUUCGCAACGUAACAAGCUACUUGGCGUACUAACAUGUUAAGGAACUACACAGCUCGUUUAAAAUGUCAGCACUUCACUCAGACUUGUUGUGUGUGCUGGUCACCCAUAGAGCUCUUGCACGUGACGUCACCAUUUUCACGGCGCCAUAUUGCCGGUCAAAAAGCGCUGCUCGACAGUGCAUUGACCCGGAUCAGAAUAUUCACAAUGCAGAGACUUGUUGUGCUGUUGGUUGUCACAACAAACAAGACAGUUCUUCAAAAGCGAUCAUCCUAUGGAAUACCAGCGGAAAAGACCAGAAAAUAAUCGACGGAUUUCGGCAAUUAAAUAUGAUGGAUGGUGCCCAACCAAAAUACACACGCCUGGGUCGCGGUCGCUUCAUUUCAGGUAGGAAUUAUUCUUCUCAAAUCUCAAAUUACCAAAAAGUAUUUAUAAUGACAAGUUGGCUCACUAAAGAACAAUGCAUAUUUUUAAAAAGUGUCUGUCGCAGAGGUUUACGGAGGUAAAGUCUGGCCGCAAUCGCUUCGUAGUACGUUCUGUGGAGAGGACUCUGCCCUUUUUUUUUUCUCAAUCAUAACGAAUGCGAGUUUGUGUAAAACCAGGGGUUAUUUAUUAAAAUAUUGGUAUUUGUAUUGAAACAAAUCUGAGUGGGCCGCCUCACUAUGUGGGAUUUAGUCCUGUUUGAGAACAGAUCCAGCAACGAAGUAUUCGUAUGAGUCCAGACUUUUCUACGAUUUCAAACUUUUCCAUACAAAUCGACGACUUACUUACCAGAUCCAUGUGUAGAUCCAGUUUUCCAAGACAAGCAGAAGCGAAUUGGCAGUCCAAUUUUUUUAUCGCCGAAAACAUUGACUUCAUUAAAUACGGGUUCUCUAUCCUGAGUUUAUCGAAUUUUUCCACACACACCUUCGUUUAUUAUGACCUAAAUAUUUAACGGUAUCGAACAAGACUUCGGGCGUCGUGGUACAAGACAUAUUUCCGUGUCGUCUCCAAAACACUUAGCAUCGAGCAACGCUUUGCUUGAUCGGCAAUAUGGCGAGGUAAACAAAAGUCACGUGAUUUUUAUGACACAGGUGCACGAGCUCUAUUAACACAAAAUGUUACGGAUUCAAUGAAAAAUGUAAAUCGUUUGCUCGCUUGUGAGCCAACGAGCAAGUACAUGAGCUUUCCUUAGAGCUAAUUAACUAGCCCGUGAGCUAACAGUUAAGCGAUGUUCAGGGCUUUGCUUUGAGUUGUAAGUCCCCAAUUAACAGAUGCAAAGGUUAAGGCGGGCAUUAUUUUUCCUGAUUUCUGAAACAAAAUAAAUAUACUUAAAUCAUAUAUCAUGAUUAUUUUUUGGAAAAUAUAUUGCCUUUAAAAAAAAAAAAAAAAAAGUAUCAUGACAGUCCUGCACACCAUUCACUUUGAUUUCCUUUUAUACCAGUACAGUACUCACAAAAAGUUAAGGACAUUAGGAUGAUUCUAGUAUGCACUAUAAAUUUUUAAAGGUGAACGUAUGAACUGCUUAUCCUCACUCGGGCCGUAGUUUUCUUGGUGCCAAUCCCGGCUGCCUUUGGGCGACAGACCGGGUCCACCCUGAGCUGGUCCCCUGCCAAUCGCUGAGCUGACGCUCAGUUUAGUCUUCAAUUCACCGACCAUGCAUAUUUUUGGGAUGUGGGAGGAAAAAGUGGUGGAAAAUCCACACCAGCAAACACCACUCAGGUGAGGCUGGGUUCCAACCCAGGUCCUCAGAAAUGUGAGGCAGAUGUGCUCCCUCUGAACUUAAUUUGACCUUCUCAAAACCUGACUACAGGUCCAAUUCAGUUUUUGCACAAUUGUACUCCAAUAAGAGCAGCAAAAUGUAUUUAUUUUUUUAAACACACAGGUAGACUUUUUUUCAGGGGCCAAAAAUGUCAUUUUACUUUUUUUUUUUUUUUUCCUUUUCUCAACAAUACGCAGCUUUGUUCUUAAAAUUGAAAAAGUGGAGGGAAGUCCCAGGCCCAGCGGUUGAAUUAAAACACAUCUUAGAUCUUAUCUACAGCAAAUUGCAUACUUCCCUGAAGUUUAUGCAGUUUUAAAUUGCUGUUAUUGGGUAUUGAAUUUUAAAAUAUAAAAAAAAAUUCUGAUGUGUAAACGUGCCGGAUAUUGGCGCAGUCGAUAGUUAAUGUAUCCCUAGUAUUUGAAUGAUUAUUUCCCGGGACGUGCACUUCUUUGCCUUUCUGAGACUUUUCCAGCGUCUCAACCUGCUGACGAUGCUGUAAGAUCAGUUUGGAUUCUACAAAGUUUAAAGCGCAUUCAUCCUGAAAUCAAACCCUUUAUGUCACCCCAAACUUUUUGUGAGUAGUGUAUUUGCUUUGCAGGAUGAUAGUGAGCUUGGUGCCAAGCACUUUAUUUAUGGUUAGUGUAUUUUUUUUUUCCCCCCCCUUGGGGCCAUGGGUGGGGGAUAGGAGAUAUUAUAAUGUGCCAUGUUUGGGACAAGAAGAGUGUUCACAGGUUUGUUUUUUUGUCUGCACUUUAACUUGCCUGUUGUGGUGCUGUGACUUUUGCAUGCAUGUGCACUCAUUUUGUAGCCCAGCAGUGUCCAACUUGAAAUCGAGGACCUUCAACUUUGGUUGAUCUCAGCAAGUCACGCUCUAAUCUAUGAAUUUAGUUCCAUUGUUUUUAUCUGGAUAUGUUAAAAAAAAAGUGUUCAGUUACAACUAAAUACUUUCAUUUGCGUGCAAAUGAAGGUGGAAGGGAUUUAUGCAUACCUGCAUUUGUUAUUGACGAGAGUAAAUGUUGAAACGCAGGCUUCUCAAUUCUGGGAGUUAUUGCUUUUUUUACCCCUGAAAACAAAAUUAAGAUUGUUUUUCCAGAUACUGAAAAUGAGAUUUAAAAAAAAAAAAAAAAAACUUUAAAGCUAAUUUUAUUCACUAAAGAAUCAAUUAAAUGGUUGCAUCACCCCCCCCCCCCCCGCAUACAAAAAUAUAGUCAACACAGGAUAUUUUUUUUCUCAAUUUGGUAAACGAUUUUCAGCAAAAAAAGGCAAUUUUUCAGUAUUCCCUGAGGCAGGAAAACAAAAGUUUUAUUUUUAUUUGAAAAUCACUUUCUCUCGGUUUGACAGCGACAAUGUGCAAAAAUCCCAAUUUUGUAGGCUACAAGCCCAAAUGAACGUUUUCCCACCUUACCCAGCAAAUGUACGCAUGAAAACAAGACCGCAGUGUUGACGCUGUUGGGCGACAAAAUCUGUUAAGCUGUUUUUUUUUUUUU